AUGUCUGAUCCACGUUCAAUUAUAACAGAAGCUGAAAAUUUAUUAAAACCUCAACUGGGUUUCUUUUCAUUUAUAUCUGGUUCUUCAAGUUCUCAAAGAAAAGAAGAUGCUACUGAUUUGUAUAUUCAAGCAGCUAAUCAAUAUAGAUUAGCAAAAGAUUUUAAUCAAGCUGGUAUGCAAUUUAAAAAAGCUAGUGAAUUACAAGAACAAUUGCAAAACCAUAACGAUUCAGCUAAUCAUUUAAUUGAAGCUUAUAAAUGUUUUAAAAAUAAUUCACCACAAGAUGCGAUCGAAUGUUUAAAGAAAGCAAUUCAUAUAUUUUUGACUAUAAAUGGUCAAUUUAGAAGAGCUGCUAAUUUUGAAAUGGAUUUAGGUGAAUUAUAUGAAUCAAUUAAUGAUAUUUCUCAAGCAAUUGUUGCCUAUGAACAAGCUGGUGAUUAUUUUACAACUGAUCAUGCUGAGGCAUUAAGCAAUAAAGCUUUUUUAAAAUGUGCUGAUUUAUCUGCAAUUAAUGGUGAUUAUAAAAAAGCAAUUAAUUUAUAUGAUCAGAUUAUAAAAAAUUCAAUUAAUAAUUCUUUAACUAAAUGGAGUUUAAAAGAUUAUUUUUUAAAAAAUAUUUUAUGUAUUUUAUGUUUAGAUGAUAUAACAGAAGCACAAAAAAAGAGAGAUUAUUUCCUUUCAGAUGAUCCAAGUUGGUCACAAACAAGAGAAUAUAAAUUAAUUGAAAAUAUAUUUGAAAGUAUUGAAAACGGUGAUAUAGAAGGAUUUUCUGAUAAAGUAUUUGAAUUUGAUCAAUUUAGUAAAUUAGAUAAACUAAAAACUCAAUUAUUAUUAAAAAUUAAAACUAGUGUAGUUGCAAGAGAAAAUGAUGAUUUAUUAUAA